AUGCCCGCCCGGACUCUCUCCGACUCCCCAGAGCUUAGUCCGCCCCGCUUCUACUCCCGCCGCUCCCCCUACUCCUCUCAUCCCCGCCGGGAGAGCCACGACGACCGUCUGGGGGAGCCAACCGUAUACGCCGUCGCAAUGCCCCCGUCCAACUCACGUCCAGACAACGAUUACGCCCCUAAUGCCCCAUGGCAGCAGUCGCAAUCCCGCAUAUACCCAGACCCUUCCUCGAUACCCCCGCACUGGCAGAUCCACCCUUCUUCUUUCCGCGACCCCCGCCCCUACCUUCCUCCCGCCCCCGUUCUACAGGCAACCUCUCGCGUCCCAUGGCAGAACGUCUACCCUCGCUUUGUUCAAGUUCAGCCCUUCGUCGCGCCUCCUCCUAGCCCGCUUCCUCACAAAGUCUGGAUCCUUGACUGCAAGGCCUGCGGGACCUUUCUGACAAACAGAGGCAUGAAGGCCGUACUUCUAUUACGUCCGAACGUACCCUUGUAUUCAACGGACGCACUUCCCGUUAACUGCUCGGCCUUCUCGACCGAGUCGGAAUCUCCCACUCUAGCGCAGCUUCCCUCGGGACCUUCCUCGUCUCCCCCAGGUGCAAGCAUUCAUGCACCUCAGUCAGCACCAGGUAUCCCUUCUCCUGAACGGUCGCCGGCGCGCACAUGUGAAUGUCUGACCCAAACUCUAUGCUGUCAUGGCUGCGGAACGGCCGUGGGGUAUAUGAUUGUGAGCCCUUGUCAGCGGUGCACGUCUUCGAUCACGGUCAACAAUCGUGCAACGAAUGGACAUCGCUUCGUUUUCUACUCCAGCGAAAUCACGGCCUGCGAACGCCACUACGUCAAGGGUGAACGUGGGGUGAACCCUUUCCACCCCGUUCCUCCACCGACCCCCCAGACUAUCCAAAGCGGCCUCGCUGGCCUCACCAUCGGUAGCUCGUCCCCAAGACCCUUGCCUGUCCAACAGCCGUCUCCCCCUUCGACGUCUCCUACUGCGAGCACGCCGUCAUCCCUCGGGCCGUCCUCUCCAACCCAUCUCCCAGACUUCAAUCGGCAGCCGUCGGGAGAGUACCUGCCCACUCCGCCACCGGAGGCGGACAGUACCUUCGCAUCCAACUCUCGCGUUGUGCCUUCGCUCUCCACGUCCUUCUCACCAACGUCGCCAAGACACACUUCGCGUCCCAGUCCUAUCCGCAUCACUCCUGAGAACCUACGCCUCGCCGAUGCGACAAGCGUCCCGCGCACGGUUAACUUCGCGGCAGACACGUCCCCACGCAUUUCCUCUCCCAUUCCAGGCCCCACUCAAGUCGUUCAAUCGCGAGCCCGCGCUGCCUCUGCGGGCUCUAUGGCGUCUUCUCUUCCUCUGCAGUAUGGUAGUCGCCCCUCAUAUUUUGGGCAGCCAACCUCCCAUAUCCCGAUGCUCCCCAUACCUCCCCCGGUCCCGGAACCACUCAAGGUUGGAGAAGUCUUGUACUGGCACCACCUCUUUCGGAGUGGGGAGAUCCCAGCGGUGUCUGAAGACCCUCGCGCCCGCUUCGACCCUGAUGCGCCGGAAGUGGGAACAGAUGGCUCCUCCCGACGGCAUGCCGUUCCGAGCGGCAUCGUCGUUGCUGGGCGAUGA